AUGAUGAACUGGACUGAGUUGCUUCCAACGGCUCUGCUCCUCUCCGGAGCUCUGGCCGCUUGCCUAGGAUCUACACCGAGGAAUGGCAACCUCACCAUACGAACGGCAACAGGGUUUUACACGGGGCUGGUGGACAGCGAGUUCCCCAACACCCGCCAGUUUCGGAACAUCCCCUAUGGCCAACCACCUAUCGGCAAGAACAGGUGGAUGCCGCCCGUGGCGGCCGCUGCGUCGGACCGCCACUUCUACUCGUACAACUAUCCGCCACCGUGCCCGCAGUACCUGCCGGCCAAGCUGUCCGUCUGGAACUCCAACAUCACCGACUUCUCGAUCGACGUCUCCGGCCAGAGCCACACGGCCGGAGACUACGCGCAGACGACAGCCGAAGAUUGCCUCAGCCUCGCCAUCUGGACGCCGCUGAACGUCAGCGCCGACGCCAAGCUCCCGGUGGCGCUCUUCAUCCCCGGCGGCAGCUUCCUGCGCGGCGGCGUCAACGUGCCGUACCAGGUCCCCGCCGGGUGGGUGGAGCGCAGCCAGAAGCACAUCGUGGUGACGGCCAACUACCGGCUCAACAUCAUGGGGUUCCCCUGGGCGGCGGGGCUGGAGGACCAGAACCUCGGGCUGCUGGACCAGCGCCUGGCGCUGGAGUGGGUGCACGCCAACGUGGCAGCCUUCGGCGGCGACCGGGACCGCAUCACUAUCUGGGGCCAGUCGGCCGGCGGCGUGUCGGUCGACAUGCUCAUGUAUGCCUUCCCGGACGAACCGCUGGCUGCGGGCGUCUUCAUGCAGAGCGGCACCGCCAUGGUCAACAUCACCUACCCGGCCUACCAGCACACCAAUUUCACCUUCGUGGCCCGGAACCUCGGCUGCGACUUCCCUGAUGACCCGGCCGCCGAGCUGCAGUGCAUGCAGCGUGUGCCCGUGGCCCGCAUCACCAACUUUGUCGGGCAGUACGCCGACAACGGGACGGGCCUGCCGCUGGGCUUUCCUCCGAGGCCCGAUGAGCGGGUUGUCUUUUUCAACUACACGGCGCGGGCGGCUAAGCAGGGCGGGCUGGCACGGAUCCCGGCGCUGGUCAGCACGACGUCCAACGAGAUGUCGACGCUGUUCGCGUACCCGGUCGACGACGUGGCGGCGGGGCCGAACGCCACCCAGGUGGACGAGGCAACCGUGUCCGGGUUCGUGUGCCUGGCCAGCAACGCGACGGACGCGCGGGCAAAGGCGGGCCUCACGACGUACCGGUACCAGUACGCGGGCAACUUCUCCAACCUGACGCCGCUCCCGUGGAUGGGCUCGUACCACGCCAGCGACAUCCCUCUGCUGAUGGGCACGUACGAGAGGAACAGCAGCGCGACCGACUUCCAGAGGCGCGUCGCCGAGACCAUGCAGGACUACCUGUUCGCCUUCAUCUCCGACCCGCUGAACGGCCUGAGGGCCAAGGGCUGGCUGCCGCACAACGACCCCGUGGCCAAGGGGGGACCCAUGUUGAGGUUUGCCGCCGACGGGAAGGUGGAGCAGAAUCUGAGCGCGACUGAGAUAGAUAAUGCCUGCGUAUCUGAUUCUGAUGAUUACAUUCCUCAAAUUAUCUUCCACAAGCCAUUCAGAAGCAUCGUUACACAGAUGGAUCCCUACACAGUCGAAAAACGAGGGAUGAACGUUAAGCGGAACGAGGAACAGGCCUUGCUCCUGGUUACACAGUGUGCUCCCGACGUUCUAGUCCCCAAGAUGUACUUCUCUAGCUUCACAACUGCCGCCGAUGGCCUUCCUACUAGCAGCAUAUAUAUGGAUUUUAUUGAGGGACAGGUCUUGACACCGGUUUGGCCAUCACUCAGCAAGGAAGUUAAGGAACGAGUGUGCCGUGACAUCUGGGCUCUCAUUGGCAGGCUGCGCCAGAUCCCCCGCCCGCACUCCCUCAACCCUUCUGCGUUUUACACCACAGUCGACGGCUCCCCGAUUCACCACCCAAUGCUAGGUGACUGGGAUGAUCCGUGUCCUGUCCUAACGGACGACAAGGCUUUCCGCGAUCGGAUCUUUGCCCGUUUCAAAUCCCACAACGGCCUGUCGUAUCCUGACGGAAAAGACCUACCAAAGAUGCUCCCACAUUCAGACCGCUCCGUCUUCACUCACGGCGACAUCUACCCCAGGAACAUCUUGAUGGAUAAGCAGAUUCGGAUUGUGGGAGUCCUUGAUAUGGAGGAAGCAGGGUUCUUUCCAGACUACUGGGAAUAUGCCAAGAUGCUGAGACCCAUGCCAGAAUGUGAUGAAGAGUGGCAGGCAUACAUGAGGGCGACGAAGCCGAGUAACCAGAACUGGGAUAUUACUGGGCUUGAUAAGGCUCGGCGGGUUUUGUUCUAG